AUGGAAAAGAAAGGGAGAAAGAAGAACCCAGAUGACAAGGCUCCUGCUGGUAACAAGCGGGGGAGGAAGAAAAAGGAUAGCAUCUCGGAGGAGAUUGAUAAAAUGGACGGAAAUGAUGAGGUGAAGGAGGCAGGUCAAGCUGGGGAGGCAAAUCAGACAAAUGCAACCAGUGUCACCACUUCCACGGAGGAGCGGCGCCUCAUUCCGCGUGGCGCUGGCAGAGGGAGGGUGUGCCCUUACCUGCGUACCAUCAACAGAAACCUACUCGACUUCGAUUUCGAGAAAUUGUGCAGCAUCAGUAUGUCCAACCUGCACGUAUACGCAUGCCUAGUCUGCGGAGUGUACUUCCAAGGAAUAGGAAGAGGAACCUACGCAUACACACACGCACUGGAAAAAAACCAUUACGUCUUCAUCAAUUUGGAAACUUGCAAAACAUGUUGCCUUCCAGAAAAUUACGAAAUAGAAGAUGCAUCUCUAAACGAUAUAAAAUAUUUUUUAAAACCAACGUAUAGCAUAGAUCAAGUAGAAUACAUUUGUCGUAAUUCCAUUUUGGGGAAAUCACUAGACGGCGCAGAUUUUUUUCCUGGGUUUGUAGGAUUGAACAAUUUAAAACAUACGGACUACUGCAAUGUUAUUAUUCAGCUUGUGUGCAGCAUCAUUCCUUUGAGAAACUUUUUUUUAGUAUACGAAAAUAAGAAAUAUGUGAGCAAAAAUAUCGUUUCCUCUUUAUCUGAACUGAUUAAAAAGAUUUUUAACCCAAGAAAUUUCAAGGGGGUUGUUUCCCCACAUGAGUUUCUACAAACGGUGGGUAUUGAGUCCAAGAAGACCUUCAAAAUUGGGUCUAAAAACGAUCCGCUGGACUUCUUCCUCUGGCUAAUUAGCAAAAUACAUAGGCAUGAGGAGAGGGCGCUGCGCAAAAGCAUUAAGGGUAGGGCGGGCAAGAAGAGGAAGAUUAGUCAAGGAGGAGAAAACGCCAAAGGGGCAGAUGGCUCAUCGGGCGGACAAAAUAAAGGGAAGGAAGAAGAAGGUGAUGACGAUGAGGAGGAAGAGGGAAAAAUUCAACCGGGGCACCACCUCUCGCAGUUGAACGCUAUGUUGUCCUCCUCCAGCGAGUCACACAUGUCGGAAGAGGCCUACGACAAGGUGAACAUUAUCGACUACUGCUUUGAUGGGGAACUAAUUAUCAGAACGAAAAAAAAAAAAAAAAAAAAAAAAAGUUCGGAAGGGGAUGAAAACACGAGCAGUACCCAUAAUGCAAAAAAGGGGGGAAAAAAUGACGCAUACAAUGAACGGAAUGCAAGAGAAGAUGGGAAAUUUUCUCACCACAUGGAUAAUGAAGGAGGGGGAGAGGAUGAGAUAAGCAAUUCGGACGAAGAAGACAAUGAAGACUUGCCUGAUGGGGAAGAAUUGAACGAAGAAAAAAAUUACGUAACGGAAAAAAUUCCAUUUCGUACUCUUUCCCUGAAGUUGCCCAAUCCUCCCAUUUUUAAAAGCACAACAGAAAGUAACAUCAUCCCGCAGGUAUCCAUUUUCGAGCUGUUAACAAAAUUUGAUGGAGAAACGGAGUCCUUCCUAAAUGAAAAAUCGGAGCCAAGCACUUUAAUAAUUUCCAAGUUACCCAAAUAUUUAAUCUUCACCAUUAAGAGAUUUUCCAAAAAUAAUUUUUUUGUCGAAAAAAAUGGCACCAUUGUUAAUUUUGUCAUAAAAAACUUAGACAUGAAAGAUUAUGUGCAUGAGGAUUAUCUGGACAAGAAUCCUGUGACCAAGUAUAACUUAAUUGCUAACAUUUUUCACAGUGGCUCGGUUAACAGUGGCACUUACAAAAUUCAUGUGCUCAAUCAGGCAUCGAAUGAGUGGUAUGAGAUGGAGGACCUGCACGUGAUUACCGUUUUGCCUCAGCUGGUUCUCCUACCCGAGUCCUGUGUGCAGUUGUAUCAGCGCCAGGAUGUUCAGCUCAACGGGGAGGUCCCCUGA